AUGGAAUGGGUCAAACAGCGCAAGCUACCACCCUGUGAGGCUAUUCGCAAUGGCGACCAGCCUUGUCAUGAUAUGGACGACCUCUGGGACGCCCUCCACGGCACUUACAACUCGGCCUCUGGUCGUGAGUACGAUGCCUCAGUCUUAGACGAGCUUCCCGACGAGCCGGUCCGUGAGACCGGACCAUGUUACUUGGGUCCACCUAAAGGAGCUGCUCAAGGACAAACACGUCCUUGCGUCAACAUGACGCUGCUGUCCUUUGUGGAUGAUGGGACCAUUCUGGCCCAAUCCAAACAACUUGAUGAUAAUAAUGUGGGCCUGCGUAAGGCCUACAAAAUUAUUUACCUUCUCUUUGUUGCCUUCGCGCUCGUUCUCGAACACGACAAGACCGAGCUGUUUCACUUUUCGCGUCGACGUGAUGCCUACAAUCCCUCGCUGAAUCUGGGGUAUGCCCCACAUACCAGCGCCACACCUUUGAAACCUAAGACCUAUUGGAGGUACUUGGGCUUCUACUUUGACCGCGGGCUCACGUUUCAUGAGCACGUUCGCUACUACGCCACCAAGGCGUUUACCACCUUGCAAGCCAUGCACAUGCUCGGGAACUCCACUAGAGGGCUCUCGCCUAAACAGCGCCGCCUCUUAUAUCGGUCGUGCGUGGUUCCUAUUGCCACAUACGGCUAUCGUCUCUGGUAUUUUGAUGGCGCCCGCAAUAAGGGUGCGAUGAACCAGUUGAAACGGAUGCAGCGGAAAGCUGCUCUAUGGAUUACAGGUGCCUUCCGCACCUCCCCCACAGGCAGUCUUGAGGCCUUAGCAGGUCUCAUCCCCGUCCACCUUAUGCUGAAGAAGCUGGCGACGCGCGCAGUGUAUCGCGUAGCCACCCUCUCCGACACCCACCCCCUUCGCUCUAUGAUGGGCGAGGGACUCCUCAAGUGA